UAAGACACAUAGGAUCCGCAUAUCUGAACGGGCAAAAGAUUCAUUUUAUCGGGUCGUAUAUGUAGAGUUCUGGAAAGCCCUUUCCCUCUCUCUUUAGGAGCCUCAUCACUCCACACACCCAAACACACAAACUCGAGUGCUCCCUUCCGUCUCGCUCCGCUUCACUACCGUAAGCUCAAUUCGGCAAAACCUUCAGUCAAUUAAAUGGCAAUCAUACCUUGUGGAAGUACAUGGGGAGUGCAGUCUCAAUAUAUGUUAAGAUCUUCCAUUACAAAUAAAUUCUCAAUAUCGCCUCAUUGUAUCUCAAGCAGAAUCAGGUCUUGGUCAUCACCUAGUUCAGCAUUUUUUUCUAAAGAAUCCUUAAGUGCACUUUUCAGUUCUGGAUUAUACAAUAAUUCAUGUCAACAGCGAAGAACUCGUUUGGUAGUUAGAGCUGACAGAGAUUACUAUACUGUGCUUGGUGUGUCUAAAAAUGCCAGCAAAUCAGAAAUCAAAAGUGCAUAUCGAAAGCUUGCCAGAAACUACCAUCCUGAUGUGAACAAAGAACCUGGAGCAGAAGAAAAGUUUAAAGAGAUUAGUAAUGCUUAUGAGGUUUUGUCAGAUGACGAGAAACGCUCCAUUUACGAUAGGUAUGGGGAAGCUGGGCUUAAAGGCGCUGGCAUGGGCACGGGGGAUUUUAGCAACCCCUUUGAUAUAUUUGAGUCAUUAUUUGAUGGCCUUGGUGGUAUGGGUGGUAUGGGCAUGGGAGGAAGAGGCUCUCGUAACCGGGCCACAGAGGGUGAAGACCAGAUCUACAAUCUGGUUUUGAAUUUCAAAGAAGCUGUAUUUGGGGUUGAGAAGGAGAUUGAGAUAACUCGCCUUGAGAGCUGCAACACUUGUGAUGGAUCAGGAGCGAAACCGGGAACAAAGCCAACUACAUGUGGCACAUGUGGUGGUCAAGGGCAAGUUGUCUCGUCGGCAAGGACCCCACUCGGAGUCUUCCAACAGGUAAUGACAUGUUCUUCUUGCAGUGGGACCGGGGAAAUUUCUACUCCUUGCAACACAUGCAACGGUGAUGGCCGAGUAAGGAAGUCAAAGCGGAUUAGCUUGAAAGUUCCUGCUGGGGUCGACUCCGGCAGUCGCUUGAGGGUCAGAUCUGAGGGAAAUGCCGGAAGGAGAGGGGGCCCUCCCGGGGAUCUUUUCGUGAUGAUAGAAGUUCUUGCUGAUCCUGUUUUGAAAAGGGACGACACCAACAUACUUUACACUUGCAAGGUUUCAUAUAUAGAUGCUAUUUUAGGAACAACGUUAAAGGUGCCAACGGUUGAUGGGAUGGUCGACCUCAGGAUUCCACCAGGUACCCAACCUAAUACAACUCUAGUUAUGGGGAAAAAAGGUGUCCCCCUUCUGAACAAAAGAAAUAUGAGGGGUGAUCAGUUGGUGAAAGUACAAGUUGAGAUUCCGAAGCGCCUAAGCACCGAGGAGAGGAAACUCAUAGAAGAGAUUGCCAACUUAAACAAGGCUAAAGCAACCAGCAGUAGCAGAUAGUUGAAGCUGACUCGCUUUCUCCUUUACUUAUUCCCCUCUUUAUGCUUCAAAGAUUGAUGAUGUAUUGCUUACAAAUGUAGCAGGCAAAUUUUUCGACGACUCGAUCAAUUUACAUGCAAACUGAAUUUAGGGUUAGGAAAUUUUGUGGUUUAAUAUUUGUAUUGUGUAUAACAGUGAAAAGGGGGAGAUAUUUAGGGACAUACAUUUCUGCUAUUUUUGUGGAAGUCUUAUCUAUAUUUUUCAAUAACUACCUUCUUGAUUCUAAUUA